AUGCCUCACUCUGUAUCGCCUGGUACUGCGCAACAUGACGAUGAUAUGCCGGACGCACCGCCGGCCGAGUCAACCGAGAACAACGUCAAAUUGGAGGAAAUGUUCGACGAUGAUGACGACGAGGAGUUCCCUGCGUCGGGAGAUGUGAAGAUGGAGUCCCCCGCUGCGAAGGAAGAAGAGCCUCCUGCCCCCGCACCCUCUGGAGUCGACGAUGAAUUGAUGCUCGCCUUCUAUCAACGUCUUUUCCCCUUCCGAUACCUCUUCCAGUGGCUCAACCAUGGCAUUGUUCCGACGAAAGACUUUGGAAACCGCGAAUUCGCGCUCACUCUGCAAAAUGACGCCUAUCUUCGUUACCAAUCGUACCCCACCGCCGACAUGUUCCGGAAGGAUAUUCUCAAGAUGAACCCCUCUCGUUUCGAGAUUGGACCCGUCUAUAGCACCAACCCACGCGAUCGCAAAACGUUAAGAGGCGGUCAAAUGAAGCCAGUCUCCAAAGAAUUGGUCUUCGAUAUCGAUUUGACUGAUUAUGAUGAUAUCCGUACCUGCUGUGUUAAAGCCAAUAUCUGUCCAAAGUGUUGGUCCUUUGCGACAAUGGCUAUCAAGGUCAUUGACACCGCACUACGAGAAGAUUUUGGGUUCGAACAUAUUCUCUGGGUUUACUCCGGUCGUCGUGGUGUUCACGCCUGGGUCUGUGACUCGCGUGCCCGCAGCAUGCCCGACGAUCGACGCAGGGCGCUCGCCGGCUAUCUCGAAAUUAUCAAAGGAGGGUCGCAGAGCGGCAAGAAAGUCAAUGUCAAGCGGCCACUGCACCCCCAUAUCGUGCGCAGUCUCGAACUUCUUAAGCACGACUUUGCUCGCACUACUCUUAUUGAUCAAGACACAUUUGAAAGUGACGAGCAGGCAGAACGUCUCCUCUCGUUGCUUCCUGAUAAGGGGCUGAACGACUCCCUGAAGAGGAAAUGGGACUCCUCUCCGGGCCGCGCCAGUACUAGCAAAUGGGCCGAUAUCGACACAUUAGCGAAGAGCGGUAAAAGCACUACGCUUAAGACAUCGACCCUCCGAGACGCCAAGCAGGAUAUUGUUUUAGAAUACACUUACCCACGACUCGAUGCCGAGGUCAGCAAGAAGAUGAUUCACUUGUUGAAGAGUCCCUUUGUUAUUCACCCGGGAACUGGACGCAUCUGUGUUCCCAUUGACCCGAACAAUGCCGAGAACUUUGAUCCUCUCACCGUGCCCACGGCGAUGCAGCUUCUCAAUGAGAUUGACGAAUACGACGCCAAGCACCCUGCCGGUACCGCAGAGGCUGAUGCCCCUGAGGUGGAGGGCAGUGCAAUGAACGGCUCUGAUAUGAAGGGUGGCCGUAAGCUGCAGGAUUACGAGAAGACCAGCUUGAAGCCUUACAUUGACUUCUUCCGUUCGUUUAUCGCAGGCCUCAUGAAAGAAGAACGUGCAGGCAAGCGUGAACGUGAUGGGAAUGAGCCGGCCGUCAAGGCGGAUCCCAUGGAAUUCUAG